GUCACGUAACAUGGCGCUUUUGCGGAAAGGUGAUGAUGAUGGACCCCUGUGUUUACUGCGCUUUUGAUUUUUUCGCGAACGCAGGACUUUUACAAUGUCGGGAAAAGACGUAUCCUCGCGUUUAAGCGUCCUAGAGAGGUAGUAAACCAAACAGCGGCUUCAAACGAUGAGAAAUAAUCGCAUAUAAGACGCCGGUAGCGGUUAGCAUUAGCUUAGCUUCAUGAGCACCACAGCUCUGUCGUGUUAGCUAACGCUCACAACGCGUCGCGUGACUAAUAUCACACAACAUGAGUCUUUGACAUAUAUAGAUUUAACGAUAUAGAUGUACGUAGACGCAGAGGAGACAGCUCUUUGCGUUAUUUGUUUAGAUGUGCUAGCUGUUUUUUUAGGUAGUUGAGGUAGUGGAUUAGCCGCAGUGCUGAGGAUGGAGGCUCUUCUCGGUGGAGGUGUGUGUUUUCUGGGAUUUGUCACACUCGCACAAGCGGCUCCAGUCUCUAAUACACACUCAGCAGAGGCUGCUGGAUAUGUGGAUGUGUCUCUGAGCAUCCCGCUGCUGCUGUCUCUGGCUGUGACGCUGGCCCUCGUGGUCCUGCUGCUUAACUGUGCUUCCUGCUGCAAAGAGCAAGAGAUCAACUUUAAGGAGUUUGAAGACCACUUUGAGGAUGAGGUUGAUUUCACGCCGCCGGCGGAGGACACACCGUCUAUGCAGUCACCCGCUGAGGUUUACACACUCGCUGUUCCCCCUGUGCACCUGCCCGGACCCCCACACCUCCAGCUGCCCCGCAUUACAGACGUCUCUUCCGGUCCUCACGUGGCACGACACUCUCUUAGUUACAUUCAGGAGAUCGGAAACGGCUGGUUCGGAAAGGUUCUGCUCAGUGAGAUCUAUGUGGACCCGGGAGUCGCUCGAGCGGUGGUCCGAGAACUGAGGGCCAAUGCCAGCUCCAAAGAGCAGAACGAGUUCCUGCAGCAGGGAGACCCGUACAGGGUUCUUCAGCAUCCCAAUAUACUGCAGUGUCUCGGUCAGUGUGUGGAGGCCAUCCCGUUCCUGCUGGUGUUUGAGUACUGCGAACUAGGCGAUCUGAAGAGUUACGUCUCUCAGCAUGAGUGGCUGUACAAGAACGGAGAACUGCUGCAGCUGCAGAAAAUGGCCUGCGAGAUCGCCGCCGGGGUCACACACAUGCACAAACACAACUUCCUGCACAGUGAUUUGGCUUUGAGGAACUGCUUUUUCACAACAGACCUGACUGUAAAAGUAGGAGACUAUGCCAUUGGCCCUACAAAUUUUAAGGAGGAUUACAUCACCACAGAGGACGACCAGUGUGUGGCGCUGCGCUGGCUUUCCCCUGAGCUGAUUGGUGAGCUGCAUGGGGGUCUGAUCACUUCAGAACAGACCAAACCCAGCAAUGUUUGGGCUUUGGGUGUAACAUUAUGGGAGUUGUUUGAGUCUGCCAAGCAGCCGUAUCAUCACCUGUCUGACAGAGAAGUGCUCCAUCAUGUGCUCAAAGAUCAACAAGUCCGACUUCUCAAACCACAACUGGACUUGCCAUACUCAGAAAGAUGGUAUGAGGUUCUACAGUUUUGUUGGCUACCUGCAGACAAGAGGGCCACUGCUGAAGAGGUCCAUCGCCUGCUCACGUACCUCCGUAUGCAGGGUCAGAAAGAUGUGGAGGAUGACUUUGAGCAGCGCUGGAGCUCUCUCAAACCCAAUCCCAGUACUCGACAGGCCACCGUCAGCCACUCUUCCUUUCCCAUCCUGGAGCAGUUCGAUGAUGGGCGAGAGCCGGACGAGGUGCUCACUGUCACCGAAACAAGUCGCGGGUUAAGCUUUGAAUAUGUCUGGGAAGCAGCCAAGCAUGACCACUAUGACAGCCACAAUCGGUCUGCCAUGGACACUACUCUGAAUUACCACAGUAUGUUCUUUCCAGUGCCACGGCAAGACAUUCAGGCUCAUUUCCCUGACACCGCAGUGCAAGCCGCUGAUGGUGGCAGAGUCCCGGAAACCUUGCCAGUGUUUGAUGCCCAUAAAGCAUCCUCUGGAAAUGACUACUUUAUUAAGUUGGAGGAGCUUGAUGAGAGCGAGAUUGGGAUGGUAGACAGUCAAGGAGCUGAGGGUACUAAUACUUCAGAGCAGCAUCAGUAUGUAGUCUUACAGGACGUCCGAUUGGACGAAUCCAGUACAGAUGCUGAUUUCUUCCAUCAGAGCAUUGACUCAAAAGACUCUUUUCUUCAGGACAGCCAUAUAUGGUCCUCAAGUGAACAUGACAGCCCUUACCAUACUAACAUUUUCAGUGAGGGCGACGCAAAGCUGGAAGAUUCUCAUUCAUUUGGGGGAAGUUUUAUGGAGCUCCCUGAGAUGAUGAAUUUACCAAAGAGGGACUCUGAUGAAGCUAAUGGUAAAGAGGCAAGUUUUCAGACAUCUUUUUUAGGGGUUGGACCGGAAGCCAUUCAUCUGGAGAUCUCUGAUCAUGGGAGUUCAGAUGUAAUGAAGCUUCUUAACACUGAGAAACUGGCUGAUAACUUUAUGUUUCUCAAAGAUAACAGUCUGAUGAAGGACAAGUCUGAGGUCUCACCGCCUGACUCGAUUAAUUUCAAGAGGUCCCUCAUAGAGACCGAUGUCUCAGAUAGUGUAAACCUUACAGGUGAGUCUUUGAAAUCAGCAGGCAAUUCUGCACAGCUCAAAGAUGAAUUCUUAGACUUAGUCAGCCCAAUUUUAGAUGAUUUUCUCUCACCUUUGAAAGGACAUGAAGCAAUGGUGCCUUUUGAUAUAUUAGUAACAGGAGAAACCUGUAGCAACCACCUGCCAGACACAAAUGGCUCUUUGCGUUCCCCCAAAUCUGGGAAUUACUCCUCAUCUGAGUCUACCUCUGAGAGUGUUGAGGUCAUUGUUGACAGUCCCUCAGACAGUCAUCAGUACCUUGAAAGUGCCACAACAGAUACACUACAAAUGUGCAUAGAUGCCAAACCCCCUAGCCUUGAAGAAUGCUUCGUAGCCUCAAAGGACAAUGGGCAGCAUAUAGGAAUCAACAAUGCAGCUGAGCUAAGCUUUACUACUUCACCUGUUGGAGAGUAUACAGAACGUGGCCUCACUGAAGGUCUGACCAGUAGCGACUCAAUGAGUGAUAUAAUGGAGACAACCAAGGAUAUCCCACCAUCAGAAGCCAUCGAUCAAGAUAAUUUAUUGGACAAUCAUGCAACUCAGGAUAUGUCCUCGCUGUUGGUUUUGGAUUCCUGUCUUGAUCAAAUAAGUCAGGACAGCCUUCUUGAUGAUAGCACCUCAUCGACUCUUCCAACCAUUGAGAAUUCGGCAGAAACGCCAGAUUCUUUGGAUUCUUUGGACGUGGUGCAUGGACAGUCAUUGGAUAUUUCUGUUAAUAAGCUUCAGCCCCCAUACAAAGCUGCGGACAGCGGGUAUGAAACCGAAAACUUGGAGUCACCCGAGUGGAACUCUCAAACAGGUUUGAAGGAUGAAGACAAUGAUAUGGGUACUGCCGUGGAGCCUACGGCGCUGGUUCCACCAGAAAUUGUUGUGUCUGAAGUGGACAGUGUGCCUGAUGUUCAGGUAAAUGGUGGUGGGGUCGAUCACCAACAGGAACCUGGUGAAUUUCCUUUAGGAGGAAACUACAGAGACUCCGCUUACUUCUCAGACAAUGAGGAGCUGGAUAAGAAAAGCGAUGACGUCAGUGGAAAUGGCUCUUCAAUUUGGCUUCAGAAUAAUCAAGAAACUAAUGAAAGUACAGUAGCUCAAGCUCUUGAGGAGCAUUCACAGUCCGAGACUUCCUCUGAAUCUACAGGUCCAAUUGUAGAAUCAACUGUAACGGCCACAAAGACUCUUCUUCCAGAGUUAGUUCUCACUACAGAGGAAGAUUGGAGCAAGGAAAAACCAUUGACUGUUGAUGACUCUAACCAGAAUCAUCCCCGUGAUGUCCCAGAACACACAGAAACACCCACUACCUCAUUACCACCUCCAACAGAAGUCAUGCUUCAUGCAAAACUAACAAGAACAUACGCUGGGGAAGUAACAAAGAAGAAGGAGCCAGAUAUGGAAGGGAGGUAUUUGGGAAAGCUCGAUGGAUCCUACGGCACGGAGGACGGGAUGGAUGCCGAUGAAGAAGAUGAGAACAGUGAUGAUUCGGAUGAGGAUAUGCGUGCCUACCGAUUACACAGCUCCAGCUCUGAGUGCAGCGAGGAUGAUGUGGUACACCCGGUACCUAUUAUUAUCUCAGACAACAGCAGUUCCCUUAACCUUAAAAGCCUGCUGAAACCCAAAACUCUUCAGACUGCUAAAGCCACAUCAGAAGAGGGCAGAGAUGGGGAUAAUAGACGCGGAGUGUCAUUUUUUGAUGACGUCACCGUCUACCUGUUUGACCAGGAAACCCCAACAAAGGAACUCGGCGAGCACACUCUUGACCCCAGUAGUCAAUUGUCAGAUUUCAGCAGUCCAGUGGCCUCCUCCAGCUACCUUAAUAGAUUCACCAACUCGGAGAGCUCCACCGAUGAAGAAGGUGGUGCAUUUGAGUGGGAUGAUGACUUCCCGUCUCCAGAGCCUAAUUUCCUGGCAAAAGCCACCAGUGAUCAUUCCUCCAGCAGGUCCGGCGGGACUUCGGCUGCUUCCAAGUAUUUCUCCCCUCCUCCUGCAAACCGCAGCCUGGAUCAGAGCUGGACCAGCCCCUCCAGCUACUCUCGCUUUUCCAUCUCUCCCGCCAGCAUCGCCAGCUUCUCCCUCACACACCUCACAGACUCGGACAUGGAGCAAGGGGGAAGCGGUGAAGACGGAGAGAAGGAUUAACCACAGAAAUGCACAGAUGUUUUGAAGGCUUCGAUUGCUUCUCAGGCAGCAUUUUGGUAUUUAUUGGAGGAUAUGAAGGCGUCUGCUUCUGGCUAGCCAAUCAGAUGCAGCUUAAUAAUCUGCUUUUCCAUUAACUAUGAUUUGCGAUGUUUUUCGUCAGUGCAAUCCAGAGGAAACCUUUGCUUUACGUAUGCUUUUGAGACUUUCUCGCGCUUCCCAAGUGUCCUGCCUCAUUUAUUUACCUUCUUAGUGUCCACAUUUUUACUUAAGGACGAGUUUAUUUCGACACUAAACGAGCCAACAGACUCAAACGUUGAGUUGUGCAAUCGAAAAAACAAAUGGUACAAUAUUUGCCUUUUACUUUGAACACACUGGAUUUUUUUGGUUUCUUUUUUAAAUGUGAAAAUCUUAAGUGUGACGAGCUUAUUUAUAUGACGGAUUAGAUGUCCAGUAUGAGUCUUCACAGAUAUUUUUGUACAGUGUUUAAUCGAUUCCUUCAUUCAUGACAAUGAACCACUUCACCAACUCGCAUAGUUCUAGCCAUUUUCUAGAAAAUCAAAGGGGAUUUGGGCAGCUGAAGGGGUUUCUCGGACGUAAGAUGCUAAUAAGUCUUAAUGUAAUGAGCAGUUUUUGUCAUUGCAGUCUAUUCAUAAGAAAUACUUUGCUUUUCUUUUUCCAACACGAGGACGCCUUGUAUCAUCAUGCAGGUUUGUGCAUGUUUUAUUCAUCAGUGCACUGCUAAAAAUGCCUGUUUCUGUCUCGUUUGUUGUCUAAAUAUCUAACAACUCUUAAAUCAAGAAGCAUUUUUUUAGCUGUAAAUAUAGUCUUGUUUUUUAAGAAAUAAAAGAGUCAAAAUUAAGUGGGUUUUCGGUUAAAGCAAGCUAAAUAAUCAGCCAAUGGGGUAAGAAAUUAAUCUUUGAUGUAAGUUUAUUUAGCUUUCCCUAUUGGCUGAUUAUUUGGCUUGUUUUAAGAAAUACCUCGCUUAAUUUUGGCAUAUUAUUGCUUAAAACAAUGCUAUAUUUCUUGCUUUUCUAAUAAAAGCUUCUUGAUUUAAGGAUUUUAAGAUAUUUGGACUAUAUCAAGACUGUGAUUAAAGCAUUUUUGCAGUGUGCAAUGGGGUUUCUCACCCAUCUAGAACAUAUCCAGGUCACAUUUCAGCCCACAAAUCAGGAGAACUGUACAAUUAAGAUUUAUUUUCAUAGCAUUCUUUCAUUAUGACACUUAAGCACAUUAUUUAAAGUGUGGAGAGAAAAAAAAAUAGGUGAUAUUUAAAAUGUAAAGUAUUUGUGUUAUAAUUCCCAUUUUCGUUUUACUUAAAUAAAUGACUUAAAGUUCACAUUUUGCUAAAUAUUUCAUUAUUAUCUCUAAAUUUUGGAUUGAAAUGUGACCUAAACGAACUACAGACUACAAAAACAAGACUAUAUUUUGUGCUCGUCUAAAAAAAUGCUUCUUGAUUUAAAGAUUUUAGGAUAUUUGGACUAGAAACAAGGCAAAACCUCAAAGUAAUUAAAGCAGUGUGCAUCUAGAACAGGGGUGUCAAACUCAGCUCCUGGAGGGCCGCUGCUCUGCACAGUUUAGUUCCAACCCUGCUCCAGCACACUUACCUGUAGGUUUCAAACAAGCCCCAAGGACUUAGUUUGAUCAGGUGUGUUUAAUUAGGGUUGGAACUAAACUGUGCAGAGCUGCAGCCCUCCAGGAGCUGAGUUGGACACCUGUGAUCUAGAACAUAUCCAGGUCACGUUUCAGCCCAAAAUCAGGAGAAACGUGCAAUUAAGAUUUAAUUUUAUUAUAAUAAUGAAGUACACUGUACUUCACAAAUUACUGUAAAGUGUGGAGACAAAAACAAUUAAGUAUUUGCAUUACAAAAGUCAUGUUAGUUUUACCAGAAUAAAAUAAAUGAUUUAAAGUGCACAUUUUGCUAAAUAUUUCAUUAUUAUCUCUAAAUUUUGGAUUGAAAUGUGACCUAAACGAACUACAGACUACAAAAACAAGACUAUACUUGUAAAAAUGCUUCUUGAUUUAAAGAUUUUAGGAUAUUUGGACUAGAAACAGACAGAAACUCCUAAGAAAUUAAAGCAUUUGUUGCAGUGUGCAUCUAGAACAUAUUCAGCUCACAUUUUAGCCCAAAAUUAGACAAUUAAGAUUUAUUUUUAUUAUGAUAAUGAACAAUAAAGAGAUAAAAAUAAAGUAUUUGCAUUAUAAUUGUCAUUUUCGGCUAACCGGAAUGAUUUAAAAUGCAUAUUUUGCUAAAUAUAUCAUUAUUUGUCUCUAGAUUUUGGAUUGAAAUGUGACCCAGACGCUCUUUGUGAGACUUUCACCAACAUAUUGGCAGUAGAUCAAAUUAAUGAAGAUUUCAGAUGUAACUUUUCCUCUAAAAGCGAGCGUUUUCCUCAGGAUCCAGCGUUUAUGUUGAGUUAUUUCAUUUUAAAGGCACUGAAAAUAACCUAUUUAUCAUCAGCACACAUGAUAAAUGACUGAAGCCACACACAAUUUCUCAAUUUAGAAGAACAAUUCAGGCGACACUUACAAGAUUCAACAUCUGAACUUUAUAUUAAAUAUGAAACCACGACCGACUAGCCCUAGCAACUAGCAGAACUUCCAAAGGCGACGGCUGCUUGUAGCAUCAAGUAGUAAAAACACAACAAAACCUCCUCGAAUUUCUGAUUCCCUCGUGUUCACUUUAAGGAGCAGCUUGUAAACACUUGAGGGAUUAUUAUUUUGCGCAUGUAUUAUUCAUUGGAACGUGAAUCAUUUCUAUAUUUGCCAAUCUUGCUGCUUAUUUUUGUUUUGUUUGGGUGGACAAUGACGGAGAUAAACUAAUGUAUAUAGUAGAAAUCAAAUCAAGGUGAAGCUACACAAUCAGAACGAGAAACACACACACAAAAGAGCGUUGAUUUUUGCCUUGACGUCAAUGAUCGGGAGAUUUUUUUGGGGGGUUAUUGCUGGAAAAUACUGCUGAAAAAACAGGCGAAUAGCUUCUACUUCCCUUUGUAAUGAAUGAAAUUCAGUAAAUCUCUGUGUGUUACCAGCACUCGAUUUCAGUUCGACUUGAAAUUUUAUCCCGUUGGUUUUAUCCUACAGUAUACUUUGCUUAAUCUUGCACAUCUUUAAGUGUAACUUAAAUGUUCUCCUGUAUAUAAAUGUUCAACUUUUGUCUGUAAAUUGGGAAUGAUGUGAGGUGUGUGCUGUAGGACUGAUUUGUUUUGUAAUUUAAAGCUGAAAACGCGACACGUCACGGGUGAGAAGUGAUCAAAAAAAUGACUAAUUAUUGAUGAUGAGCGGGGAAAUGCAGGUCAUCGUGUCCUUAUACCUUGUACAUUUUAAAAACGGUGAUAUUUUUACUUCAUAUUGAUGACGAUGAUGACGAUGAUCAUGCCUAGUGUCACUGAAGGAAUGGUUUAUAAUUAAUUGCUCUGUUUAUUAUGGAAUUAAAUGAAAAUGAAAUUCUGUAA